CGUAGUCUUCUUCUCCGUCGUCUUCUUCUUCUUGCUCCCUCUUCCCUUUCCCCUUUCUUCUUCUUCCUCCUUCUCCCCUCACACGGUCACACCCCUUUUCUCUUCGGCUUCUCCCGCCGGCCGGCGAGGUGCGCAAUCCACUGAUUGCAUCCGAAGAACAUGCCAAGCUGUGGCCUUCCUUACCCCAAGAACACAUCGACCUGUUGUAGUACCUGGCCGGCAUGGGGUCAAGGAGGGGAAGACAGCAGCAGCAUCCUGGUUCUUCUGAGGGCUCGCAGCCUCCGAACCCUGGAGGAAGAGGAGGACCAGGCGCAGGCGCAGGCAGAGGUGGCCGUGGCCCCGGUGGCGCAUUUCCUCAGCAGGCGCCCCAAGGUCCUGGUGGAAGCCGUGCCGGGCAGCCGCCGCCGCCGCCGCCACCAAGGGGCCGCGCCGGAGAUGCCAUUGGUGGAAUGAGGCUGCAACAGCAACAACUUCCUGCUGGUGGCAGAGGUGCGCGUGGGGCUGACCCGUCUGCCAUUGGGCCGUUGGGCAGUCUACCUCCCGACCUGCUGCAGGCUCUGCCAAUGCAGGCAGGCCCUUCAGUGCCAGCGCAAGCCGUGGCUCCGCUUGCCGUCGCCAGGCCUGGGGAGCAUCGCAGACAAGCGAUGGUACCGCAAGCUGAGGCUACCAGCACCGGCAGCAGCCAGGAGGAGGUUGUGCGUGCAAUUCCGGCGUCAAGCAAAGCGAUUCGGUUUCCUAUGCGCCCGGGGAAGGGCAGCAUUGGCACCAAGAUUCUGGUGAAGGCCAACCAUUUCUUCACCCAGCUGCCAGACAAGGAUCUUCAUCACUACGAUGUUUCAAUCACUCCGGAAGUUACAUCGAGUACUGUUAACAGAGCUGUGAUCAAUGAGCUGGUGAAUCUGUACAAGGCAUCUUAUUUGGGUGGGAGGCUGCCAGUAUAUGAUGGUAGGAAAAGCUUAUACACAGCAGGUCCAUUGCCUUUUAAAUCACAAGAGUUUCAGAUCACUCUACCUGAUGAUGAUGAUGGCUCCGGGGCCAAGAGGCGGAAGAGGGAAUUUAAGGUGGUAAUUAAAUUUUCUGCACAAGCCAACCUUCACCACCUUGGGUUGUUUUUAGCUGGGAGGCAUGCGGAAGUUCCUCAGGAGGCAAUACAAGUUCUUGAUAUUGUGCUGCGACAGCUGCCUUCCACAAGAUACGCGUCAAUUGGACGCUCCUUCUUUUCACCUGAACCGAACAUGAGGAAAUCCCUCGGUGAUGGAUUAGAAAGCUGGAGUGGGUUUUACCAGAGCAUUCGACCUACUCAGAUGGGUUUAUCACUAAAUAUUGAUAUGUCAGCGACUGCUUUCAUCGAGCCAUUGCCUGUAGUUGAAUUUGUCGCAAAUCUAUUGAAUUCUGACAUUCGUUCGAGGCCCCUCUCAGACGCUGAACGUGUCAAGACCAAGAAGGCGCUGAGAGGAGUAAAUGUGGAAGUUACUCACCGUGGCAACAUGCGGAGAAAGUACCGUAUAUCUGGUUUGACAGCCCAGGCAACUCGUGAGCUAACUUUUCCUGUUGAUGACGGGGGUACAAUCAAGUCAGUUGUACAAUACUUUCAAGACAGAUACAGAUUUUACAUCCAACACACACACCUUCCUUGCCUUCUAGUUGGCAAUCAGCAACGUCAAAAUUACUUGCCUAUGGAGGUAUGCAAAAUUGUGAAAGGACAGAGAUACUCCAAGAGAUUAAACCAGAAUCAAAUAAGAAAUCUCUUGGAUCAGACAUGUCGGCACCCACGUGACCGGGAGCAAGAUAUUGUUAAGAUGGUUAAACAGAAUGCUUAUCAGGAUGAUCCCUAUGCAAAAGAGUUUGGCAUUAAGAUUAGCGAUCGUCUGGCAUCAGUAGAGGCCCGGAUUUUACCAGCUCCACGGCUUAAGUACAAUGAGACUGGUAGAGAAAAGGAUUGCUUACCUAGAGUUGGUCAGUGGAAUAUGAUGAACAAGAAAUUGGUAAAUGGUGGGAAAGUCAGAAGCUGGAUGUGUGUCAAUUUUGCCUACAAGGUGCAAGAAAGUAUUGUUCGUGGUUUCUGCCAUGAUCUUGCUCUGAUGUGCCAAGCAUCUGGAAUGGACUUCGCUCUGGAGCCUGUUCUUCCACCUCUACCUGCACGUCCUGAUCAUGUGGAGCGAGCUCUGAAAGCUAGGUUCCACGAUGCAAUGAUUGUUCUUGGACCCCAGCACCGGGAGCUUGAUUUGCUUAUUGGAAUUCUACCUGAUAACAAUGGCUCACUUUAUGGUGAUUUGAAGCGCGUGUGCGAAACAGAUCUUGGAAUAGUUUCGCAAUGCUGUCUUGCGAAGCAGGUGUUUAAAAUGAACAAACAAAUUCUCGCAAACCUUGCUCUGAAGAUAAAUGUCAAGGCGGGGGGCAGGAACACUGUACUGGUGGAUGCACUUUCAAGGCGUAUCCCUCUGGUCACUGACAAACCUACGAUUAUAUUUGGUGCUGAUGUGACCCACCCUCAUCCUGGCGAGGACAGCAGCCCCUCAAUUGCUGCUGUUGUAGCAUCCCAAGAUUGGCCUGAGGUUACAAAGUAUGUUGGGAUAGUUUCUGCUCAGGCGCACCGGCAAGAGUUGAUAGAGGAUUUGUAUAAAGUCUACCAAGAUCCAAAGAGAGGGACAGUUAGUGGUGGCAUGAUUAGGGAGCUACUUAUAUCCUUCCAUAAAUCAACUGGUCAGAAGCCCCAGCGAAUAAUAUUUUACAGGGAUGGCGUUAGUGAGGGCCAAUUUUACCAAGUUCUGUUGUUUGAACUCGAUGCAAUCCGAAGAGCAUGUGCCUCCCUGGAGGCGGAUUACCAACCGACGGUUACUUUCGUUGUGGUUCAGAAACGCCACCACACUAGAUUAUUUCCGCACAAUAGCAAUGAUAAGAAUUCAAUGGACAGAACUGGGAACAUACUCCCUGGCACAGUUGUAGAUUCAAAGAUCUGUCAUCCAAAUGAAUUUGAUUUCUACUUGUGCAGCCAUGCUGGCAUCAAGGGCACUAGCCGUCCUGCUCAUUAUCAUGUCUUGCGGGAUGAAAACAACUUCACUGCUGAUGGAUUGCAGACGCUUACCAACAACCUCUGCUACACCUACGCAAGGUGCACUCGUUCCGUCUCAAUUGUUCCACCUGCAUAUUAUGCUCAUCUGGCUGCCUUCCGUGCCCGUUUCUACAUGGAGCCACAUACCUCUGACAGUGGAUCUGUGGCAAAUGCGCCUGGAGGACGUGGACCGCUGUCCGGUUUGUCAACAUCACGUGGUACUCGGGCCCCAGGUGGUGGAGCUGUUAGGCCACUUCCAGCUCUGAAGGAUAAUGUGAAGAAGGUCAUGUUCUACUGCUAACGUCAGGCGUGUGAAGGUCGAGCUUAAUGCCUCUUAUCAAUGUAACUGUGGAACAGAGUAGUAAUCAGCCAGUUGAUAUCCCAUGUGUUGUACUAUGCUGUUCUAUGUUUGCUUAGGUACCGUUUAUGUGUUUACUUCAUGGCGUUGCCUUCAUGAAUCUUGGAUACUUUAAUAUGCCCUUGGCUGGAGCUAGAAACCUGAUAAUUUCAAGUCUAGUUUUGCCCCC